AUGACCGUCACGCGUGGGUUCACGGAGGAAGCGGACAAACUAUUAGACUUCUUGGAGCAUGGUAUCUUCGAUGCUCUGCAAAAGCAGUACUUGCGGAGCUUCAUAUUCGCGGUGUACCUAGAUAGCCAUGAUCCGGGCAAUAUCGUAGAAGCGUAUACGUUCAACUUCAAUUAUUACAAGGUACCAGGAACAGACGUCAGUGUCCCCGUAAUGUCACUGGAUGCCGAACUGCAAAACCUGUCUCUUUCCGGAGCGAAGAAGAUGCGGGAUCCUGUAUCAGAGGCGGCAGCAGAAGGCAGAGUGCCUACUCUUGGUGAAGCAUUAAUCAAAAAUCUAAUUCAAGCAACAACGCAGAUGGACCCUUUGCCGAAGCGCCGAUAUGCUACCUUCAAGCUAUUCUAUUACGACCACACCCCAGACGAUUACGAGCCGGCCCACUUUCGCCCUGGAGACGCACAGAAGGACAAAUGGUUCUUCAGCACGCACAAUAAGGAUGAAGUUCCCGAACGAUGCAGCGUUGGCUCGCUAAAAACUGGUCACCACGCUGUUGACGUUCGUGUAGCUUCCGUUUCUGGGUACCUGCCCUCGUCCGAAGACAAUGAUGCGCCAUUCCUCGGAACCACUACCGGACAUGUACAUGCGGCGCCCGCGCUGACACCUGUGGAAGAGGCGGCGAUGAGGUUGCAACAAGUACAGUUGCAACGUGAGGACGCGCUAGCGAGACAUGUGGUGUGGGAUGCGGAUGAUGGUUUGUGCGAUAUUGAUGCCGAUGGCGAAGAAGACCCCGAAUAUGCUGCAGGCUCUGACGACUCCAACGAAAGCGUAUCACUUGGAAGCUGGAGAGUUCAUGAUUCUGGCGUGGAGUUCCUUGAGCCCAUCGGGAUACGCGACGAAGAUGGGCAGAUUGUCCCCUUUCCUAAAGAUGAGGCGCAACGAUGCCCCGCCGAGGAGGUCCAAGCCGAGGAAGCGCAAUACGCCGGAAGACAUGACAAUGUGCCGAAUCAUGUCGCGCAGUUGCCAAAGGGGCGCAAUCCCAGAAGCAGAAGAAUUAUAUCUCCAAUGGCGUCCAUACCGCCAUCAGACAUUGCGCUAUCCACAGCCUCGAGCCAAAAUCCGGAAAUAGAGUCAAUAGAUACCCAGAUGGUCCAACAACUUAUCGUCAAUAAAUGCGUUACAGGAGGCGACUCAGAGAUGCUGGAAAUUGAUACUCAAGUGAUUCCAUCAAGCGUAGAGGACCCUAUUGAUUCUUUCCAAAGCAUGGGAGAUGCGGAUGUGCAACAGGAAGCAAUGGAGACAAGCGAGUCUGACGAUAUGCUGGAUAAGCCACAGGACAAGCCUCCAUGCGGGGAAAACCUCGAAUGUGAAUGCGGCGUACCUUUGGAAGACAGUGACACUUGCUUCUGCGACGGUGGAUGCAAGCGUUGGUUCCACACAUGGUGUAUGGGCUAUCAUUCGGCAAAAGACAGUUGCAUCCCCACACAGUUCAUUUGCUUCGAUUGCCGGGUCAAGGCUGACGAGAAUUGGGACCUCAUUAUGGUGCAUGAUUUAUACCCCAGAAUGAUUGCGCGGUUCAGGGAUCUGGCAAUCUUCCGACGAGCGAUCAAGAUAGCCGAAAUGCACAAUCCAGAGGGACUGUCAGCAUUCACAAAAUUAUUAGGAUGCGACUCUACUGUAGCUGGUCAACAAUUCAAGAGGCUCGAGACAGAAGGCUUCAUCACAAGUGUGACGAAGGAGGUCGAUGACUUCGGUCUCGAGACCAUCGUUCGCGGCAAGAAGGGAAAGAGUAAAAUCAAUGCAGGUCCCAAGACCAGACAGUCGCAGCGUCGAAAAACCCUUCAAAAACCAAGAUACGUAUUUGUGAAAGCAUCUACGAACAAUCAAGCCUACAAGGAUUACUUCGAUCCUAAUCAAGAAGUCGAGAAGCGGCUUCUUGGGGAUCAUAUCGAUGCUGUGCAAACACCGCCAUGCGCAUCGGAGACCGCAGGCGGGUCUAUGUAUCAAAACUGUGCUGGUUCUCAGACCCAAGAGGAGAUUCAAGUACCGGAACCUGUCGUCCAUCCUGGCACAGGGCAGACCACCUGUGAUCAAGGUCGGAAGCGGAAGAGCAACACUCUUGAACAGCUGACAAAAACGACCAAGAAAAUGAAGAUUUCCGUUGGGCCGGGCGUCGACCUCGGCGAUUGAACUGCUUCCGGCUGCCGCGUACUGCUCUCUGUCUGCUGCCGUAUUUGCCUCGUUGCCUCGGCUCUGAACUUUUGCAACAUCCUCUGCUGUGUUCUAUCUAAUGGCCGUUCCUGCUGAUUCUCGGUGCUUCGUACUGCCCGCUUCUGUGUACUUCGCUGUAUGUCAAUGUAACCCU